AUGGCAGAAAAGGCUGUUUCUGUAGAAGAAAUCAAAAAGCAUGCGAGUGAGCAGGACUGCUGGAUUGUGGUAGAUGAUGUGGUAUGGGACAUAACAGAAUUUAUUCCCAGUCAUCCUGGCGGCAAUGAAAUAAUAACCAAACACGCCGGUCUCGACGCCUCGCUAACCUACAAUUCCGUUCACUCGUCCACGUUGAUAUCGAAGACCCUAGAUUCCAGUAAAUGUAUCGGCAAGGUGUCCUCCUCCACACCCUCCUACGAUCUCUUAAAGCCACCGCCAACAGAAGCCACCCAACCGGCCCUCUCGAUUGCUUCUGAACCCCCAUUAGCCAGCCUAAUCAACAGUCAUGACUUCGAGGCCGUAGCUGAAAAGGUUCUCGGCAAGAAAGCAUGGGCUUUUUACUCGAGUGGUGCAACAAACCUCGUGACGAGAGACGCGAAUAAGAGCAUGUUUGACCGAAUCUGGUUCCGACCUAGGUUAUUGAGGAACAUUCGUCAUGUUGAUACUAGCACGAGUAUGUUAGGACAAAAGGUCGAGUUACCAUUUUUCGUAAGUCCGGCUGCAAUGGCGCGAUUGGCGCAUCCAGAUGGGGAAUUGGCAUUAGCGAGGGGGUGUGAGGGCUAUGGGGUGGCACAGUGUAUUUCGACAAACGCAUCGUUUACCAUCAAGGAAAUUACUGGGAGCGUACAAAAAGAUUCUAUACCAUUCUUCUUCCAACUUUACGUCAACAAGGACCGCAAGGCUUCGGAAGCUCUUCUCAAAGACGCAGAAAAGAAUGGGAUCAAGGGAGUAUGGUUUACCAUCGAUGGGCCUGUACAAGGCAAAAGAGAAGGAGAUGAGCGUGUAAAAGUCGAAUCAGCAACGUUUGCCAAAGCAGCGAUCAGUGGGGCAGCAGCAACAAACGAUAAGAAAGGAGGUGGUCUGGGUCGCACAAUGGGCGGGUAUAUCGACGACACUUUCAACUGGGACGACAUCGCCUGGCUCCGCAAAGCCACAAAAUUACCCAUCGUUGCAAAAGGUGUCCAAACAGCCGAAGACGCAGUAUUAGCUAUGAAACACGGGUUAGAUGGUAUCGUGAUAACUAACCAUGGAGGACGUAAUCUAGACACCUCGCCACCCUCCCUACUGACGCUUCUCGAAAUCCGCCGCCACCACCCUGAAGUCUUCAGCCACUUGGAAGUUUACCUUGACUGUGGCGUCCGACGUGGAACAGACAUAGUCAAGGCUCUAUGUCUAGGAGCAAAGGCUGUUGGUAUGGGUCGUCCAUUCCUGUACUCGUUGACAUACGGGCAAGAAGGUGUGGAGCACUUUAUCGAUAUUAUGAAAGACGAGUUGGAAACGACGAUGCGGUUACUGGGCAUAACAUCGCUCUCGCAAUGCCAUCCACGGUAUCUCAACAUAGGCGAUGUGGAACAUUUGAUUCCAAAGAGUUUGGAGUCGCCUCUACCUGAGAUACCAGAGCGCGAGCUGCGGGCGAAGUUAUGA